AUGAGCGGGUUGCUCCGCCCCCUCCCUCCCUUCAUACAUACAUGAUGAGCGGGUUGCUCCGCCCCCUCCCUCCCUUCAUACAUACAUGAUGAGCGGGUUGCUCCGCCCCCUCGGUCAGUUGCUCUUGAAGCGCAGCAGCAGAUCUGUGAUCAGAGUGAUGAGAGCAACAGACAUGGACCAACAGAAAGGUACUGACACUCUCACACCACCGAUCUUCCUUAUGGAGAAAAAUCACAUUUCUGUCCAGACUGAUGUGGGACCUCCAGUCCUUCCUGUCUGUUCUGGACUCAGAGAACCUGAGUUACAUCGCUCAGGCUCAGAAGAAAUCCAUCUCAGAGCUUCUGUCCAGACUUCAGACACACGACGCCCCGGUGGAAGAUGCUGAGUACAUGAUCAUGAGCUGCUCAUCAUCGUCUCCUAGCAACGAGCUGACGGAUCCACCUGGGACAGAAGCAGCUGGGUCGUCGGAGCCGGACUCGUCCGUGUGGCUGAGGAACGCGGUUCAGGGCCCCGCGGUGCCGCCGCUGCCGCCAGGUCUGGGAGGUGACGACGAGGACGAGGACGAGGACGAUACGUACGAGGAGGCGGAGCCCUACGUACCUGCUGACACGACCGCGUCCCACACGGAGAGGGCGGAGUCAGACAGCAGUCACUACGAGUCGUAUGGUGACGAUGAUGAGGACGAGGAGGGGGAGGGGCCUGUGAAGGACAGAGCUCACUACAUCCAGUGGAGCGCCUCUCAGCCCUGCCUAAGGCCCGCCCCCGAGUCCCGGCUCUGCGGUUACCUGUGGAGGAGGAAGUGGCUGGGACAGUGGACCAAACAGCUGUUCAUCGUCAGGAACCACGUGCUGCUGUGUUACAAGUGCGCUCGGGACCUGCUGCCUCACCUGGAGCUGAACCUGCUCGGCUGUCAGCUCGUCUACAAGUCCAAGAGCAACAGGAAGAUCCAGCACCAGCUCAAGCUGCUGCUGCCGGGCUCCGAGACGCUGGUGCUGGGCUACGGCAGCUUCCAGCAGGCGGACGAGUGGAGGAGGGUGAUCGAGGAGGUGAGUGUUGGAGGUGAAGAGGAGACUCGUCGAUCGUCGGAGCAGCUUCUGUCCUGCAGGUCCAGUACAGUCCAGACUGAGGAGGAGGAGAACCCUUCGUCUGUCUUCAGCCUCCACAAACACAAAGGUUUCCUGAACGUGCUGAUGAACUGUCAGUGGCAGAGUCUUCUGUGUCGGGUGGAGGCGGGGCUCCUCAACAUGUUCGGAGAGGAGGAGGAGGAGGAGGAGGGGACGAGGGAGCGAGCUCCUCAGUACACCGUCCAGCUCCGAGGCUGCGAGGUGCGAGCCGGGCCCGACACCGACCGCUCCCACAGGAUCACACUGAGCAUGCUCGGUGACCAGGUCGCCGUGCUGGAGGUCAGCGGUCCGGAGGAGAGGGAGCGCUGGCUGAAGCUGCUGCAGGACGCAGCUGUCGACCACGGUCACCGUGACGACCGCACACAGGAGGGCACAGGCGGAGCUCCCAGCGGGCUGCAGACUGGGAGGUUCCCCACCUCCGACGCCUACAUGGACGAUCCCUUCCACCUGAGUGCAGAAGGCCGGGACCCGCCCAUCUACUCCAACACCUCCAUCCUGCAGCACAUACUGCACAGCUCCCAGGAUUCCGUUGGCUGCAGCUCGGUGUCGUCCAGAGACUCGGCGACCUACAGCAACGCGGUGCUCAGCAGCCACAACCGGAAGGCGGGAGACGUGGAGCGGAGCGUCCAGAAGCUGGAGCUGACCGGGAAGAGGCCGGCGCCGCUGAGGGCCGGAUCCGAGAUCAACCUGGCGUCGGCCGGGAAGCAAAACAAACGCAGCUCUUUCCGACAGUCGCUGGCCGUCUGCUCUGAGCGCGCUCAGGCGGGCUUCCUGAACCCUCUGCUGCGACGGACGGCCUCGGCUAAAAACUCUCUGAGACGAGCUCCGUCAGCGCUGUUCAUCGAACAUGGGAAGGUUUUCCAGAGGAGGAAGGAGUGGGAAACUAAAGCUGCGGCUUGACACCAGCCGUCCAAUCAUCGCCUACCGUCCACAGUCCAGUCACCUGACGGGUCGUCUGACCUCUGACCUCCACUGUGGAUUGUUUGUUUAGAACUUCAUCAUGUCUGUAUCAGCCUCUACGACUGCUGUUAACAUAUAUAUACAUAUAUAUAUAUAUAUAUAUAUAUAUAUAUAUAUAUGUACGUAUAUAUAUAAAUAUAUAUAUAUAUACACACACACACUCAGUGAACACUUUAUUAGGAACACCUGUACAAGUGCUUCUCCCUCAGGCAACCAAUCAGACAAUCCUGUGACAUGUACAGGUCAGAGGUCAACAGCAUGUCCGACCUGCAGCAGGGACCGGGUCUCCAGCACCAAUGACCAGGUCCGGCUCUGUAUGUUAUUUUGAUUUUAGUUAUUUCGUUACACCUCGGAAGUCGGAAGUCAAGUUUAUCGUUCCAGUAUAAUCUCGGAAAAACCCCCACCCCGACUUCCUGGCUCGGAGAUCCGAGUUGGGAGGUGUAGUGUAACACAUUUUAUUCAUAGGUUCUUCUGGACCUGACGGGUCUGAUCAUGAAUCCGUCCACAGACGCAGCAGUAGACGACCGUGACGUCACGCUGACCAGAGUCUUCAGAUUGUGUGUUUUUUACGUGUGAAAACAUUUUGUGACUUUGCGUAAAACUCUGUUCAGUGGUUUCCAUUAACCACUGGUGUGAAUUAGUUUGAAUCUUUAUUUCAUUUUUAUCUCACAUGGUCCUCGUUUGAUGUCGUUGACAUUAUAACAGUUUUGGUUUUGUUCUCACGUGAUCAGCACAAUCUUAUUAUGACCUGUACAUAUGACGACCACGAAUCAAUGAGGAUUUGUGUUUUAUCACUUAUUUGCAUCUGCUUUUUUUUAUAUUUACUGAAUUUAAUAAUCUCAGGAGAAUAUGUCUUUGUUGAUGUUGGACUAAACACUAAACAUUAAAAAUGUAUGAUUUAUCA